AAGAUGGCAAGAUUGCUGUCAAGCGUCAACUGUCAUCUCCUCUUUUCCUCUGUCAUCAUAUUCUGUAUCUUCUAGCAUCAUCUUCUAAGAAAGCUAUCAAAUAAUAACAUCAUGCGCUUUAUCAAUAUGAGUAUUCUUUCCGCCCGUAUACUGCUUCUGCCACUGCUAGCUAUCCAAUGGGCGAAGGUUGACGCAUUCAGCAAGAGCCCCGUUCCAUUUCGAUACAAAAGAUACCACCUAACAGUUUGCAGUGCCACAUCUCGUCGAAAAGUUCUGGGAAGUGGCGGUGGAUUCUUCUUGGGAUCCUUACUCGGAGACAAGAAAGAAGAACAAGUCGCCAAUGCCGCUGAGGUAUCUGGUGGGGACGAUUUGCUAGCAGAUUUGCCCAUGAUCCGGCUUCGUCUCCCCAAAGCUGCCGUGGGCCGCGAAUACGUGGCCUUGCAGCUAAAGAUCCAGGGGAAAGGCCCCUUUGACUUUAUGGUAGACACUGGUCUGACAACCGAAAUGAUCACGCCUCAUUUGGUGCAAGCCCUGGGAAUAAACGAGAGCGGAGACAAAAUUCGUGGAUUGGGAGCUGGUGGCUCUACUUUUAGCUCCUUAGUGCCGCUCAAAGGAGCCUCCUUGUGCUGUGGGAACUUUGGUAACCAGGGUCAAACUGAACUACCCCUUCCUGAAUUGCAUGCCGUUGUCACUGACUUCCCACAAGAACAUAUCGAUCCUUCGCACGAUCCAGUGGAAGGAAUGCUUGGCCAGGAAGCACUUUCAUUGUUUGAUCUCGAUUUGGAUUUCCCGGCUGGCCGAAUCCGACUCUGGAAGCCCGGAACAGCCGGAAAACAGGCUGCUGUCAAGAAUGGAUUGGUUGAAAUACCUGCCGUUGUCAUUAACGAGUCUGGUCUCUAUGGAAUCCGCGUCAAUGCACCUGGAAGCAAACAGCCAGUGCUCGGUUUUAUAGAUUGUGGCGCUACCUUUUCUGCUCUAAAUUGGGCUGCUGCAGGAUACUUGGGUCUUCCUUCCAAGGGAGAUGCCAAGGCAUACGCCAAUUCGCCCGCCAUUCAGGCCAUUGGGAUUGAUGGCAAACCACUGCUGUUAGCCACACGAAAGACCCAGCUGACAUUUGCAGGAAACACUGAACAAGAUGCGUCCACGGGUGGCCUCAGCUUUCAAGCUCCUCCAAGCAAGUGGAAACCCUGGGAUCCUGUUCAGAUUGCGAUUGGUGACCUCCCUGUGUUCCGAGAGGUACUAGGAGACGGUGUAAGGCAGUAUGAGGGGCCUGCAUGCUUGGUAGGUUUGGAUAUCUUGGCACAACGUAGAGUUAUUCUUGAGACGGGAGGAACCCGACGUCGGCGCAUCUGGGUUAGUCCCCAAUAGAAAGCAACAGGUUGGGUAAGCAUAGAGAACCAAAGCACGUGAAGAAUCCCUUGUAUCUAUCAACGUACCUCCACCAGAUACCAGAUAAGAAAACCAGUCUCUUUGUGUGGCUUCCCUUCAUAGACUCGGCUCGGCAUGGGUGGAAAAGUAUAUUCUCAAAAGCAUGGACUGUGCUGGAAGCAAUCAACGAAUAGGUUCCUUGUGGAAGAAAUUAGAAUUGCUUUGUGAGCUUG